AUGGCCACCAAAAGAGACAUGGAAGAACGAAAGAGAUCUUAUGAGGAGCUACGGAAAUCAGUGGAGUUUAUGGCACACCAAAUGGAAGCAAUGACAAGUAAGCAAGACACUUUGAUGGGCAUGAUGAAAGAUAUUAAGGAACUGAAGAAGCAAAAUGAAGAGAAAGACGCUAUGAUUGUGCAACUGAAAAGUAGAUUAUCUGACUGA